CAUUUCAGUUCAGGUUCCGGUAACCGAGCGGCGAUGACGCAAAAGAAUUCGAUUCCGUCAUAAUCAAUUUUGUGUUUGAGUUUCUAUUUCAAUUUGUAUAGCCGGGCGAAUAAAAUGAGAGUGACCAGCAGAAACGGACGUUAUUACUGGACAGUGGCAGGAUCGUUCCUCUUUGUAUCGGCUCUAGUCAUUUACCACGGAUCGCGUCAGGUGUUGCUGGAAUUCCAAUCUGAACACCUGGCGGCUGCUGGACACCAGCAGUUUAUUCAAAUCCCAUUGGAAAGUGACGAUCCACCCGUCGAGUGUCGUUGCGACAGGAGUCCAGCAUCGGUCGUCGGUCGAUCCAGCUGCAGUCGAGAAGCGGAUCGACGCGGAUCCAAUCAAUCGGUGGUCAGUUAUUCGCUGUUCGGCCAUCCGGAUGAAAACGAUCAAGUCCUCAAGCGUUAUUUCUCAUCCAUCGAGGCCAGGGCGGCCCGCAUCCGCCGCUACUACCCUGGCUGGAUCAUGAGGGUCUACCACAAUCUCUCGGCCGCCGAUGAACUCAAAUACCUGUGCCCAUUGCGCUGCCCAGGGGGCCAACACCAGGAGCUGAUUGAGACCAACGUCGAUCUCUGCCACGUCGACAGCAUCCGGACGGAUGUCAACAGCGUCGCCAUCCAGCGGCUCAAUCCGCGCAUGUGGAGGUUCCUGGUGAUGCUGGACCCAUUGGUCGAUCGCUUCAUGUCCAGGGACGUGGACAGCGACAUCAUUCCGAGGGAAGUGGCCGCCGUCCGCCAGUGGCUCCAGUCCAAUUUCACAUUCCACGUCAUGAGGGACCAUCCCAGUCACGGCGGAUUCAUGUUGGCCGGAUUGUGGGGGGCCAAAAGCGUUCAGCGGAGGGAUCUCAUCCGCAGACUGGGCCAGGCCAUGAUCUGGACCAGCCAGAACGACGACUACCAAACCGAUCAGAAUCGAUUGGAUUUAUUCGUCUGGCCAUUCGCCACUUUCGACGUGAUGGCCCACGACUCUUAUUUUUGCAAUAACUGGGUGAUGAAAGUGGGUCAAGUGACUCCCAGUUUUCCAUUUCCGACCCGCCGGAUCGGCCACAAUUUCACCGGGCUGGAUCUCGUCCGCAAAGACAUAGCCGAUCACAUCGUCACCUGUCCCUACGAGUGUCGACCACUUAAUCACAAAGACUGGCUAUUAUGUUAACAAAAUUAAAUUAUAAAUUCCCAAA